UUCCAGAGUGGUGGCAUGGAGGACAGCACGCUCGCGCAGGUUUCCAGGAACGGACACACACAAGGCGGCACUUCUGAAUGUAGCUAACAUUGGAUUUGUUGUGUUUGUUCCUUAUUUAAUUUUUUCUAAUUUUCUUUGAUUAGUCUAUUACUUUUUUACUUGAACCAAAUCGCCAUGGCUUGGCCGUGCAUAAGCAGAGUGUGCUGUCUGGCUCGGUUUUGGAACCAGUUUGAUAAAUCCGAUCUUUCAUUGCCACUGACCAUCCAGAAUUACUCAGACAUCGCCGACCAAGAGGUGCGAUCCGUCACCAGGCAGGUACCGACGGACCGGGUUCUGACGCACAACUAUUCUAGUCCGGACCACCGCGGAUCCCCCCAAACACCGGGAGAUGCCCCGGGCACCCGGAGAUCAUUGAGAGGCCGGAGGGAAGCAAACUUCAAACCCCGGGAGGACUACCACCGACCCGGCGUGCCGUUCUCGAGUGUCACCCAGUACAAGCAGGAUUACAAACCCUGGCCUAUUCCGAAGAAGGACAAUUUCCCCUGGAUUAGCAAUUGUGGAAAAGGGGGCACCGUUGGUUCGGAUAGCCCAGUAAACAGUUACCCCAAUGCGAGCCAGACGAGAGGGGAGACGGGGGAGAGAGAGGAGCUGGGCAUGAGGUGGGGGGAGCAGGGGACCGGAACAGCUCAAAGCUCUUACAGACAGGAGUACCGGCCUUGGACAGGGGCAAGACCGGCCAAGACCACUAGGAAACAACGCCCCCCUGCCCCGUACGCCAGCCCCCGGUCAGGGGUCUCCCACCUCCCCAAUGAGACCAGCUACCAGGCCGCCUACAGUGGAGCCGGGGAGGCUUUCAGACACACAGAGCUUCACCAGAGGGACCAUAAUACCACCACCUCCACUGUCCCCAAGGCCCCUGUAACCCUACUCCAGCCUUCCUCCACCACAACCACCCCUAUCAUCAGCACCGGCCUCCAGCAGAGCAGCCUGCCAGAGAGACCCAACCUCAGUAUAGGAACCAUGGGAGAGGAGCAGUUGGUGAGGACCAAGCUCUCUCCCAACCCAUCUGCAGUGUUUCAAAGCAGAUCUAGGAUCUUCAACAUAUGACAGACUUUCCAAACUAUUCUACUGGUUACCGGGAGACCAAAGAACCAAUGAGGGGAAUGUUCUCUGUCCAUUCCACACUACAACCAAAUCUAUGCAGGGAAUGUACAGCUUAAUGUAACCAGAAAGGAAAACCCUGUACAGCUUAACAGUGUAGUGAAUGACAAACCAGAUGUCACAAAACAAUUUUACAAUCCUGUUCUAUUGCUAUGAAAAUCGUAUAUAUGCAUGUAACACGCUAGUUUGAAGUCAAGCUUCUUUUGCAGUAUUAGACACUCCAAGACAACAUGGCUGCUCUGUAAUGUGUGUUUGUGUGUACUGUAUGUAUAUGCACCUGUUGAGAUGGAAUGAUUUGUGUUUGAUCCUUUUCUGUAUAUACUGUUGGAUCUGUUGAAAUGACAAGGAGACGACUUUUUGUGAAAUUUAUGCUCAAACUGCACUUAGUCCAGAAAGUAAGGUGUUCCUUCGAUCUCUGCAAGUAUUUUAUGAACAGAAACAAAAACAUAUAUUCAUACAUUUUUAUUCAAUUAGGUAACUAUUUUGAGAAAGUAAUUGUGCCGGUGUUUACGUUCAUUUUGUAAAUCUGUUUAAGAAACAAAAAACUGUUAAAUAUUAAAUGAUGUACAGUAUAUUACAAUAAAAGAAUAUCAGGUUCUU